CUCCCUGUAACGUGACGAUGUGAUGACUGCUGCAACAGAUGCUUUUCUUCCUCUAUUAGAAGGUUUCCUUUUCUUGUUUGGUACUGGACUGAUGUCAUAUGGAGAAACGAAUCCUAAACUACUGUGAGAAAUUCCGGAACUUCAGUUAAAGGCUUACCAUCAGCAGGUGUUCUAAGAUUGACCAUCGAUUCUUCUAAAGGUUGGAGACUUAAUGUCAUUGGUGUAACAUCUACUGUGCAACCAUCU